UGGUCCUGAUGCUGCCGCUGGCCUGAGAGCGAGAGAGCUUCCUCUCCAGCUGAGAGCUUUUCUCCUCCGUUCAUUUGCUCUUAUCCAACCUGUGUCGGUCUCGGGCAUGGCCAGAUUGACGGAGAGCGAGGCGAGGCGGCAGCAGCAGCAGCAGCUCCUGCAGUCCAGAGCCUCCCCCAUGAGCAGCGGCCCCGAGCCCCCCGUCCAGCAGGACAGCAUGAAGGACCUGGAUGCCAUCAAGCUCUUCGUUGGCCAGAUCCCCCGCAACCUGGAGGAGAAGGACCUCAAGCCCCUUUUCGAGCAAUUCGGCAAGAUCUACGAGCUGACGGUGCUCAAAGACCGCUAUACCGGCAUGCACAAAGGGUGUGCUUUCCUCACCUACUGCGCCCGGGAUUCCGCCAUCAAGGCCCAGACCGCUCUGCACGAACAAAAGACUCUGCCUGGGAUGGCACGACCAAUCCAGGUGAAGCCUGCGGACAGUGAGAGCCGUGGAGGGGACCGGAAGCUUUUCGUGGGCAUGCUGAACAAGCAGCAAUCUGAGGAGGACGUUCUUCGGCUUUUCCAGCCCUUUGGGGUGAUCGACGAGUGCACCGUGCUCCGGGGCCCUGAUGGGAAUAGUAAAGGCUGUGCUUUUGUGAAGUUCUCGUCCCACACGGAAGCCCAGGCUGCCAUCCAUGCCCUCCAUGGCAGCCAGACAAUGCCAGGCGCCUCCUCCAGCCUGGUGGUGAAGUUCGCGGAUACUGACAAGGAGCGGACCCUUCGGAGAAUGCAGCAGAUGGUAGGCCAGCUGGGCAUCUUCACGCCAUCCCUGACACUGCCCUUUGGCCCCUACAGUGCCUACGCGCAGGCCCUUAUGCAGCAGCAAACCACGGUGCUGUCCACUUCCCACGGCAGCUACCUGAGCCCAGGUGUGGCCUUCUCCCCCUGCCACAUCCAGCAGAUUGGCGCUGUAAGCCUCAAUGGGAUUCCUGCUACACCCAUCGCCCCGGCAUCUGGGCUACAUUCUCCACCACUCCUAGGAACAGCAGCUGUGCCGGGUCUUGUCACCCCCAUCACCAAUGGCUUCGCAGGUGUGGUGCCUUUCCCUGGUGGGCAUCCAGCCUUAGAAACUGUAUACGCCAAUGGCCUUGUGCCCUACCCAGCUCAGAGUCCCUCAAUGGCUGAGACCCUCCACCCAGCUUUCUCAGGAGUCCAGCAGUACACAGCGAUGUAUCCAACCGCGGCCAUCACGCCCAUUGCCCACAGUGUCCCACAGCCUCCGCCCAUUAUCCAGCAGCAGCAGCAGCGAGAAGGUCCCGAAGGCUGUAACCUGUUUAUCUACCACCUCCCCCAGGAGUUUGGAGACAGCGAGCUGAUGCAAAUGUUCCUGCCCUUCGGCAAUAUCAUCUCCUCCAAGGUGUUCAUGGACAGAGCCACUAACCAGAGCAAGUGCUUCGGUUUUGUGAGCUUUGACAACCCAUCCAGUGCCCAGACGGCCAUCCAGGCCAUGAAUGGCUUCCAGAUUGGCAUGAAGAGAUUGAAGGUCCAGUUGAAGAGGCCCAAAGAUGCCAGCCACCCUUACUGACAGACCUUGCAGCACAGGUGAGGGGCAAAUCCAGAGGACGGUUUGCAGCUUCAAAUAGAUCCAGGAGAUUCCAGUAAAUUACAAACUGUUUUUGACACCAGCCCUCCCCUUCCUAUCCCCUGCAACACCCCACCCCCCAAAAAAUGUGAAACAUUGGAGAGGAACGCAGCUUUGGAAGGCGACGGCAAGGAGAUCCUUCCCACGGGGGGCUCCAACAAUGUCCUGGGGACCAAACAUGGCCCCUUGGGGACCAAGGAUUCUCCACCCUGAGAGGACACAGGGAAAGAGUGAAGCAUUGUGGACCAGAAUGUUCAUUGUUGUGUCUCUAGGUCACCAUGACAACUCUCAGAACUUUGAGACUCACCCUUUCAUAUAUAUACAUAUAUAUAUAUACAGUAUAUAUUUUUUUUUAAGUAAAUCACAGGACCAAACUUUGCAGAGACUUCUGCCUGUGGGAAAAGGAUUAUGUCAUCUCAACAGGAACUUAACGAGCCCUGAACAUUAUCAGAGGGAGAAACGGAAGGGUGGCAAGAAUCAGGCACCCUCUCGCUCGCUCUCUCUGCUCAGUAUUAGGUUCGGGCUUUUGAGGAAGCAAGGAUGGAAAGUGCUCCAACACUAUAUACCUCCAGGAUCUUGUUACCAUGGCGGCAACUGGAUGAACCACUGAAGAAUCUUUGGAUGGCCUUCAGGCCAGCUUGGUUAGGCAAGCUUGAGUCCUUGCAGGGCCAGCAGGCCCGUGGAUUUGAGACUCUGGCUCGAUCCCAUCCCCAUAGGAAUCCCCUUGCACCUGGGUUUAGGCACAAAAAUUACCUUCAACUCUCCCUCCCCUUCCCGGCUCACACCCUUGUCUCCCCCACCAUCUUCAUCUUCAUAGCCUUAUCCGUUCAGCCUUUGGGUUCCAUCUUUCUUCUGUGGGGUGCUGGGGGGAGGGAAUUACGGGACCCCAUCUCACCCACCUCCCAGCCCCCUGGCAGCUGCCUCCUGCCCCUGAAUAUACCAGCCCCCUGCCUUACUUAGGGGGUCAAGAUUGAAGAGAACUAGACUCACUGGUAUUCAGCUGGUCCAGCCUCUUAUUGACCAAAUACACCCUUGGGACGACGUUUUCUCCAAGGAGGUUUUGCGGGAAGGGAGACUGUCUUUUGACACCAAUUUGGUCCUUCUCUGAGCUAGUGCCAGGAAGAACCGAGCAGACCAGAUUUUCCCCAGGACACAGAAGGCAGCCCACAUGUAUCUAUCCAGAUAUGUCUCUAUCUCCAUAUAGAAUCCCAUAAGUUAAGCACAGAACCGAGGUCAAAGCUUGGUUAGUCUCAUUCCCACACCAGGGCAUGACCCGGCUAGGAUACAUAACAAUUGGACCACCUGAAAACAGCCCCGUUCAUUUCUCCCAAAAUACCCUAAAAGAUGAAAAAAAAGAAAAAAAAAUCCCCAACCAUCUUCUAAAGAGCUUGUUUCAAGAUUCCAGAGUUUGAUAAUGUACCAAGAACAUUCCUAUUGGUGUGCGCGUGUCUGUGUGUGUCUGUGUGUGUGCGUGUGCGUGCCUGAACGUGCAAGCCUUCGUAGGUAGUGCAUCGGCGGGAGAAAAAGAGCAAAUGAGGGAGGGAGAAGUUGCUUCUUCAAGGGGGAAGGCAGGGGCUGCUGCCUGGCUUCUCUUGGACCUCACGGUGCCGCAUCAUGCUCUGCCCUCCUCAGGCCGCCUCCUCCAUGCUCCUCAGACCCCCCCCCUUUCAGAAGAGUGUGGCGGUGUGGCGGUGUGGCUCCCCGGCCACUGGCCGCAUGGCCUGCGUGAGUGAGCGUGCGCAUGAGGCUGCAGGAGUGGAAGUCGCGUGUUUCUAUAGUCCAUGUUUACUGGUUGUAAAUACCAUUUUUAUACCUGACAUCUAUUAUGUACGUGAUUUGUACCUUAUUUCUGCUACAAGUAAUUUCAUGAAGUUUGAACUUAUCUAAUUUUAAACAAACAAACAAACAAAAAAAGACUUUGGGAAAUUUUCGGUUAAUCUGAUUUGAAUUCUGUGUCAAAGAUCAAGUUUCUUCUACCAGAGUGAACUAUGUGACUGUCAAAUGUUACAGGUAAGAGCAAACAUCGUCUUAAUGUCCAAAACUCCUCUCUCUGGUCUAAAGAACCUAAAUUUAUUUAAUAAAAGUUUUACUUGCUAAAGGA